UUUCUCUUUUCAUUUUCCACAGAAAAGAAAAAGAAAAAGUCGCCGGAGACCGGUUUCCUUCAAAGGCUUCUCCGUUUUCCGGCGAUGGAUCCCGCCGUACCGUUCCUGUUCCUGCUGUUACUCUCCGCGACCGGUCACAUUUCUUCCGAAUCCAUCCUCAAGCUCCCGUCGGAAAACGACGACCACUGCGACAGCUGGAGGCUCGCGGUGGAGACGAAUAACGCAGGCGUGUGGUAUCGCGUGCCGGAGAGUUGCGUGCAGUUCGUGGCUGACUACAUGGUCGGAGAGCGGUACGUGAGGGACUCCGAGGUGGUUGGGGAUUUCUCGUCGGCGUUCGCCAAGGCUGCGGCGUUGACCGGUGACGGUAGAGAUGCGUGGGUGUUCGACAUUGAUGAGACGCUGCUGUCCAAUGUUCCUUACUACAAAGCCGUUGGAUUCGGGGCAACGAUCUUCAAUGAGACAUCCUUCAAUGAAUGGGUCAACUUGGCUGAGGCCCCAGCAUUGCCUGCUAGCUUGAGUUUAUAUAAAGAGCUUCAGGGAUUGGGCUUCACGAUAUUUCUCUUGACUGGGAGGAGUGAGCAUCAAAGAAAUUCCACUGAGGCAAACCUUCUAUUUGCAGGGUACAGAAACUGGGAGAAGCUCAUCUUAAGAGGCCCUUCUGACCAAGGCAAACCAGCCAUUGUUUACAAGUCUGAGAAGAGAGCAGAGCUGGUGAACGCAGGGUACAGGAUCCACGGGAACUCUGGGGAUCAGUGGAGUGAUUUGUGGGGUAAUGCAGUGGCCUCACGGUCUUUUAAACUGCCAAACCCAAUGUAUUAUAUUUCUUAAAGGAAAAUGAUUGGUAGACACUCACAUAUUGCAAACAUCCAACAGACACAGAGAAAGGAAGAGAAGAGAAGGAAGUAAUGAUGUGAUAUAUGAUGAAUGUAAUAAGAAGAGAGAUGGAGAGAAAAAUGAGGUCUCUGCACUAUUUGUAUGUCUAAGUGUAUGUUUGGAUACACAUUGAAAACCAUAGUGAAGCCAAAAACCAUGGUAGACAGAAGCAAAAGCUAAGAGAAGUUGCUUUUGCCUACAAUGGUUUUGGUUCACCGUGGUUUCCUCCACUGCCAAACAUGCACUAAGUCUCAUUGUUGUUUCUUAAACAUCCAGAUAUGGCUUCUCCAAUUUGUAUUCAUUUUCCAUGAUUGUUUGUUGUAACAUCAGUUGAUUUUUCUUGGUAAAGUGCUGCCUGUUACAGAUAA